CUGAGGUUUGUUUUGAUGCCAUCAGCUGAGCGGGGCGGAGCAGGACGCGGCCACUCACUCUGACAAAAUAAAUGAGAAAUACUCGGAAAAUACUGGAUGGAAAUAAGAAGAGAAGGACACAAGAGGAAGAUAAGGAAGUGUAGAAUAUCUGGUGAAGUGAUAAAGAUUGAGAGAGGAAAGAGAGGAGGAGAGGAGAGGAAGAAGAAUAAAUCAUUAACAUUUUGAGGAAUCGCGGACACACGCUGACAAAUACGCGGAGAAUAUCAAGUGGAAAUAAGGAAAUUAAGACUUAAAGGAAAAAUAAAGAAGUGUAGAAUAUUUGGUGAAGAGAUAGCGAGGGAGAGAGGAAGGAGAGAAGGAGGAGGAGAGCAAGAAAAGGAAGAAGAGGAGGAGUACAGGAAAAUCAGAGAGACGCACUAAAUACGAAAUAAACGGAAAAUAAAAAAAAAAGUGGAAAUAAAGAAAGGAAGUUUAGAGGACAUGGAGAAAAGAUAGAGAAAGAAAAGACGAAGAAGAAACAAGAAUAAGGAGGGAGAAGACAGAAUCAUAAUAAAUCAAUAAAAAAAAGAUAAAGAAAUAACCCAAACUCCCUUUCACUCAUGAAUUUUAAGUGAAAAAGUGAGAAAAACGAAAGUAUUGUGAAAAAAAAAAUGUUCUGAAAUAAGAAAAGAGAAAAGACUCGUCGGUUUUUUAAUUAGUGUUUUUAUUUAUUUUUUUAUUCAAGAUGAGACCAAGAGUUUGUCGAAAGGAAGAUAGAAGUUAUAUUAAUGGAUUCCUGCGAGAGUUUGGCCUGUCUGUUCAGAUGCGUCUGUACACAAUGCACAAGAGGGAGUUUGUUAUGGUGUUCAUCGUGUUCUUCGUGACACUCGGACUUGCUCUGUUCAUCGGCCUGGCUGGUCCGCCCAUCACGGUGACAGAGCAGCAGUCCGUGUCGCAGCUGAGCCGACCCCUGAACCAGUCCCAGCUUCUCACCGGGCCCUUUCAGAUGAAAUGCCCUCCUCUUUCCACUUACGCCCAGCAGCUGUGGCUUAUUGCAAGGGUGUUGGUGGAUAUUAAAGAAGAGCAGUCGUUUAGGAAGGAGUUCCACCUGAGUGUGUCUGUGGAAGGGCUGACGAGGAACAGAGAGCAGGAGACAGUCCUCCACGCUGACCAACCACACAAUAAGAGUCGUACAUUGGAGUGUGACCAGCGGGGGUGUGGUGAGGUGACAGUGAUGCACCUAAGUUACCUACGCUACACCCACUAUAUCAUCACUGUCAACUUCUACGGCCUGGUGGAGAUACAGCAGUGGUACGCCGUCAGGGAUGUUGUGUUCUAUUUUAAGACAUACAAUCCGAACUUCACUAAACUGGAGAUCUGGUUGAGAUUUAUCUUCCUCCUUCUUGCCUUCAUUGUGGCGUGCUGGCUUGCUCACAGUCUCAGGAAAUAUGCCCUUUAUGACUGGUCCAUUGAGCAGAAGUGGAUGUCUAUACUAUUACCACUACUGCUACUCUAUAAUGACCCUGUUUUCCCAAUGACUUUCCUGGUGGAGUCAUGGAUUCCUGCUUUAGUUGACACAAUUUUCCAGGCAACCUUUCUGUGUUCCCUGCUGUUAUUCUGGCUGUGUAUCUACCAUGGACUGAGACAGAACGAACGCAGCUUCUCGGCCUUCUACCUUCCCAAGCUAGCUAUUGUGGGGCUCCUCUGGGUGGCGGUGGUGGUGACGGCCGCAGUACAGAAGUGUAAUGAGCUGCAUGACCCGUUGUACUCCGCCACGCUGGAAACUCACCACUUCCAGAAAUUCAAAAUAUUCUUCUUCGUGACGGGCACAUGUUACUUGCUGUACCUGCUGUACCUCAUCACUACAGCCUACAGUGAACUCAGAUCAAUGCCUUAUUUUGACAUGAGGCUCAAGUUUGUGACGUUGCUGAUGGUGGUGGUCGUGUGUGUGGGCGUCACCAUCACCGUGCUGCGUUUUGGUGUGGGUGUUCUGGAGGAUAACUUCGUGGCCCAGCUUUCAACGCAUUACGAGUCGUCUGCACAGUUCAUGGCUUUCUACGGUCUCUUGAAUCUCUAUAUCUUCACUAUGGCUUACGUUUACUCUCCCUCGGAACGGGCGUUGAUGGAGACCCACAUUCUGAAGGACAACCCAGCCUUCAGUAUGGUGAAUGACUCAGACGAGGAUGUUAUUUAUGGCUCGGAUGAGGACACGAGGCGACCUCUCAACCAGCGUUCAAAUGACAAUGACGAGAGUGAUUGAGGUGGUGAAGGGUGAUGAAAACCAAUGAGUUAUCAAGAAAGGAGAGGAGAGAGAGGAUUACAAAGACAGUUAAGGAAGAGUUUUUUUCAACCAGCGUUCAAACAACAAUGACGAGAGUGACUGAGGUGGUGGAGGGUGAUGAAAGCCAGUGAGUUAGCAUGACAAGAGAGGAGAGAGAGGAUUAUAAAGACAGAUAAGGAAGAGUUUUUUUCAAUCAGUGUUCAAAUGACAAUGAUGAGAGUGACUGAGAUGGUGGAGGGUGAUGAAAGCCAGUGAGUUAGCACGACAAGAGAGGAGAGAGAGGAUUACAAAGACAGAUAAGGAAGAGUUUAGAGUUUGAGGUGCUGGAAGGGAGAAAGAGAGAAAGAUAAGGAAGAGAAUGAGAGAUAAACUGAUGAAGAGUGGUGAAAGUUAAUGAGUUAGCAAGACCAGAGAGGAGAGAGAGAGAGAAAUAGAAAGACAGACAAGGGAAAGAAGAAAAUUUGAGAGAAUGAGAAAGAUAAUUUUACCACUAUUCACAUGAGAGGUUGCUGCAGUGUGACUUGCAGCGGCUGACUUGAUACCCAGCCCUAUAACCAUGCAGUAUGUGACACCCAAGAAGAAGAAGAAGCAGUUAAGACCAUGCUGGACCACAAGAACAUCUGCUGUGCCUCUGAAGUAAAACAGAAAACCCACACUGAGCUCUGAGGUACUGCACUGACCAGAAUCUACUUACAGUCACUAGCAAGACUCUUCCUGACUGCAGUUGUCACUUCAACUCUUCAGUCUGCCCUGUCACAGUGUUGACAUGGAGUAAGUGUGUUGCAGCCGUUGUAGCAGGAGACUUCCAGGCCUUAGGUACCCGAAGUGUGUUUCAGUAAGAUGUUUUGGUUGUUGUGUUGUGUUGACUGUGAGCAUUUUGUGUUGUGUUGCUGAGAGAGACAGAGAGAAAGAGAAGGAAAGUGCUGGGUGAAUUUUUGAUAGAAUACAGUGUUGGAGGGGGACUAGAUAAGCCGCCAUAUUGCAGAAGGCAACAUACAUGGGCAUUUUUUGUGUUGAGGAAGGAAAAUGUUGUGCAGUUUUAACCUCAGAGAAGUGGUGAGUUGUGAGAUAGAAUACAGUGUUGUAGAAAGACUAGAUCAAGUGUAAUUGCAUAAACUAAAGGCCUUUUUAUAUUUUGUGUUGCAGGGGAGAAGUGUUGGACAGUUUUAAAAUCAGAAAAGAAUAUCAAAUUGCUAGAUAGAUUAGUUUUUCUAUCAUGCAAUACAGUGUUGCAGAAAUACUAGUUAAACUAAUAUUGCAUCAACAACUAGCAUUUUUAUAUUUUGUGUUGCAGGGGAGAAGUGUUGGACAGCUAUAACCUCAGAAAAGAAAUCUUGAGUUGUGAGAUAGAAUACAGUGUUGCAGACAGACUAGUUAAGCUGUAAUAUUGCAUAAACUACAUGCCUUUGUAUAUUUUGUGUUGCAGGGACAAAGUGUUGGACAGUUUUAACCUUAGAGACAAAACAUUGAGUUGUGAGAUAGAAAACAGUGUUGUAAUAUUACAUAACCCUGGAGAACUUUUGUAUCUUGUGUUGCAGAGAGAGAGAGAGAGAGAGAGAGAGAGAGAGAGAGAGAGAGAGAGAGAGAGAGAAUAUAUGCAUUAAUUUCUCAAAACAAACUUAAUUUUUUUGUACUGUGCAUCAUAUUACAGUGAACAUUGUAUAAUAUAUUCAUUACAACUUCCAUAUACAGUGCAGCAUGUUACACUAUCAGUUACACUUAAAAAGAAGAAAAAAAAUGCAUUCUUAACUAUAACUGUGUGUAUAUUAGAUUGCUUAGACAUAUAGAUAGAUUAGUAUGUGGUAUCAGUAUUGGAGGAGGUGUAGGAUAAAGAAUGGUCUCUGUAAAGGAGCAGUGUGGACCAGUGUGUGCUGUGGGGCCUUGCUGUGGUCAAUAUUGGAGGAGGUGCAGGUUAAAAAAUAGGCUCACUGAGAAGGAGAAGGGAUAGAUCAGUGUGUGCUGUGGGGCCUUGCUGUGGUCAAUAUUGGAGGUGCAGGUUAAAGAACAGGCUCACUGAGAAGGAGAAGGGAUGGAUCAGUGUGUGCUGUGGGGCCUUGCUGUGGGUGUCUGGCCAGCUGUGGUGUAGUAGGGUGUUCUUUGAGAAAUUCACAAUACACAGUUAUAGUAAAGCUUGCAAGUCAACAUCAUUAUCACCACCACCACCACCACCACCACCACCAUGUCAUUGCUAAGUUA